AUGAAGGUCGAAACCUGUGUUUAUUCUGGAUACAAGAUCCAUCCUGGACAUGGAAAGAGACUUGUCCGCGUCGACGGCAAAGUCCAAAUCUUCUUGAGCCACAAAUGUCUCAAGGGAGCCAAGCUUCGCCGUAAUCCCCGUGACAUCAGAUGGACUGUCCUCUACAGAAUCAAGAACAAGAAGGGAACUCACGGACAAGAGCAGGUUCAGAGAAAGAAGGUCAAGAAGACCGUUCAGGUUGCCAACCGCGCUGUCGCCGGACUCUCCCUUGAAGCUAUUUUGGCCAAGAGAAACCAGACUGAAGAUUUCCGUCGUCAGCAACGUGAACAAGCUGCUAAGGCCGCUAAGGAAGCCAACAAAGCUGCCCGUGCCGCUAAACAAGCCGCUAAUAAGGAGAAGAAGGCCACCCAGCCAAAAUCCCAGCAGCAGAAGACCGCCAAAAACGUUAAAGCUUCAGCCCCACGUGUUACUGGAAAGCGAUAA